AUGGAAGAAAGACAAAGAGAUAUGGAUAAUAUUCCACAAAUAAGGGAGGAUGUGGAGGUAAUUGAUAAUGUACAACAAAUAGUUGUAGGAAAGCAACCACCACCACUACAACAACAAAAUGAAGAUAGAAAUAUGGAUCCACAAGAUUUUACAAGAUGUUCUAUUUGUAAUACACCUUUAAGGGAAGCUAUGAAUAGUAAUCCAGAAGUAGUGAAGCUUUGUAAUAAUAAUCAAAGAUAUAUGGCUCAUAUGCAUUGUGCGACUAGAUGGUAUAAUAGAGAUGGUGUUGACACACGUUGUGUUUUAUGUAGUUUAAAUUUAAUUUUACCAUAUGUUCGAAUAAAUAGAAAUCAAGUAUUACAAUAUGAUAGAGAAAGACAAAAUCAUAGAUUGAAUAUUAAGAGACGUGGAAAAGAACAUAUAGAAUUAGCAGCACAGAGAAGACAAGAAAGAAUAGUAGCAAAACAGAGAGAUUUACAUAAUAUUCCACAAUUAUAUAGGGAUAGAGAA